ACAGUGUGUAAUAUGGCUGGCGCUGAGAGAGAGAGAGAGAGAGAGAGAGAGAGAGGUCCACACAGUGUGUUUCUACUCAGAGGCAUCUCUGCUGUAGCUGAGUGAAAAUCCCCAGUCUCUUCGUACCGUCGUCUGGACUUUAUCAACGGACGGCAAUACCUUUACUAUUAUUGGGAUAUCAUAUAGGUAAUAGUUUGGAUAUCGUGAACAGCCUUUGAAACAACCAUGUGGAUUUACAACAUCAUUUUUAUGCUCUUAAUUGUCCACUAUUCUGAGUGCAGGAGGAAUGCAUUGCAGGACUACCAGAGAAGCGAUAGUGUGCGAUUGGUCCAGCUGCCAGACUCUGCCCUCCAGACUAUAAGCAGGAAGUUGAGCAUAGUGAAGUGUGCCCGGGGCUGCAGCCGCAACAAGCGACUACUCUUCACCUGCAGAGCAUUUCUGUACGAUCAGAAAAACAGGAAAUGCCAGUGGCUUUCAUUCGACAGGAACUCACCAGGAGUCCAUAGCCAACACGACUUCAACUACCAACUCUACCAGAAGAAAUCCUAUGUGCAGGAGUGCAUAGUAGGGACAGGAGUGAACUACAGAGGGAGGAGGUCAGUAACAGCCAGUGGAAUAAAGUGCCAGGCAUGGGCCUCUCCUAUCCCUCACGAACACAAUUUCCUACCAAGGAGGAACAGGAAGAAGGACCUGAGAGAGAACUACUGUCGUAACCCUGACAAUGCUACCUCAGGACCAUGGUGUUUCACUACAGACCCCAAUGUCAGACACCAGGACUGUGGAGUACCUCAAUGCUCACAAGUGGAGUGUGUGAGCUGUAACGGGGAGAGCUACAGAGGUCCCAUGGAUCACACAGAGACAGGAUGGGAGUGUCAGCGCUGGGACCUGGAGGAACCACACAAACACCUCUUCCACCCCAAGAGGUAUCCUGAUAAAGGCCUGGUUGAUAACUACUGUAGGAACCCAGAUGGACGUCAACGACCGUGGUGUUUCACCACGGACCCACACACACUCUGGGAGUACUGCAACAUCACAGCCUGCUCCACAGACAGUGUGGUAGAGUUGGAAGUGACUACUAUGUGUUUCUGGGGUCAAGGUGAAGGCUACAGAGGGUCAGUAGCAGUAACACCCAGUGGGGUGAUCUGUCAACGCUGGGACUCACAGUACCCCCACAACCACUCAUACCUUCCCCAGAACUACCGCUGCAAAGACCUGACGGAGAACAACUGCAGGAACCCAGAUGGACGUGACCUCCCAUGGUGCUUCACUUCAGACCCUAACGUUCGCACAGCGUUCUGCACUAACAUCCCCCGCUGUGGCAAACAGAACACUGAACCUCAAGACUGCUACACGGGUAGUGGAGAGAACUACAGAGGCGAGGUUUCCAGGACCAGGUCAGGUCUUCCCUGUUCCCUCUGGAGUGACCACAGCAACAGUGGUGACAGAGAUGCGGCGGUGCUGACUGUCAGACAGGAGGGGAGUUUCUGUAGGAACCCAGACAGAGAUACAUACGGCCCCUGGUGUUACACUAACAGCACUGCUAUACCCUGGGACUACUGCAGCAUCAAACUAUGUGAACCAUCAGAGAACACCAUUCCACAGAGAGUAGAGGUGUCCAAGGUGUUGUGUUUCAUCCAUAAGAGGACCAGGAUAGUAGGAGGAGCUCCAAUUGCCAUUACAGACGGAAGCUGGAUGGUCAGCAUACAGAAAGGGUCCAGUCACUGGUGUGGAGGUUCUCUUAUACGGGAGGAGUGGGUUCUCACUGACAGACAGUGUUUCUCCUCAUGUGUUCCAGACCUGAGUGAGUACCGUGUUUGGUUGGGUGUGUCAGACCUCCGUGGCUCGGCUCCUAACGGCUCCUUCAGACAGGAAGUCUCCAUCUCCCAUGUGGUCUGUGGUCCUGAGGGCUCCAACCUGGCCCUCAUACGGCUGGCCAAGCCUGCCCUCCCUGCAGACAGUGUUCACACCAUUCAGCUGCCGGUGGCUGGGUGCUCUAUUGCUGAGGGUACGAUGUGUAGCAUGUAUGGAUGGGGCGAAACCAAAGGGACGGGUCAUGAGGGUGUUCUGAAGGUGGUCCAUCUGCCCAUGGUCAGUAAUGAGAGGUGUAGAGAACAACACAGAGGGAACCUCCACAUCACAGACACCAAGAUCUGCGCUGGGGGGAGGAGGGAUGAGGGGGUCUGUGAGAGGGACUAUGGUGGCCCCUUAGUGUGCCAGGAAGGAGAGAGCAGGGUCAUAGUGGGAGUCAGUGUCCAUGGCAGAGGCUGUGCCCGUGCCAACCGCCCUGGCAUCUUCAUCAACAUCCCCUUCUACACACAGUGGAUCCACAAGGUGUUCAGACACUACCCUGAACCUCAGAUCAACUAGAGACAAACCUUUAUCCCAUCAUCAACUAGAGACCCAACCUUGAGACAUCCUACAACCAGUGGAUCCAUAAGAUCUUCAGACACUAUCCUGACCCUUACCCUGAUCUGACCAACUAGAACCACCUUGAUAUAGAUACGUGUAAGUCCAGUAAGGAACAGCUGAGUCCUUGUGCAUUUGAAAGGGGGGAUCCAGCCAUAUUGUAAAUAUCAGACGCAACUCCAGACUUGAUGUUGGACUGCUAAAAGACUCAUCAUGGGCUGUGGAGUGGAACAUAAUUGUGUUGAUAAGACUGCUGGAUUGAUCUUUAGAUAAUAUAAAUAUGUAUUGUUACAAACAUGCUACUAAGGACAACAGAGGUGUGGAUAUGUUGUCGGCCAAAGACCAUGUCCUGAAGCUGGUAAGGUUUGGAGUCAGAAAGACGCUGUAGAUAAGAUGGUAAAAGUGGGAAUACACUUGAUUCCGGACGUUACUUGAAUGUACUGAAAACCAAAAGGCAGCAGCUCUCCACUUCUGUAGUGUGCUUCUGUAGGGCACUGUCAAGGGAACUAAAAUACAGCUGGGUCGUUCCACCAAUUCGGUGCCUUUUGAGAAGUGUAAAACAUUUAAUUUGACCAAAUUUUAACAUUCUGCCACAAAGAGCACAUGUUCAACUUAAAAAAUAAAACAUUUCCCCAUCUCAAGAGGUUAAAUAAAAAAAGGGGUUGAUGAUAUCAUCUUAAAUCAGCCAUAAAACCCUUGUGAAAGGGGGAUGGAAGUGUCAAUUGAAUGCCAGCUUCACAAAAUGUUUUAAAUUGUUAAAACAUUUCUAGCCUGUCUAUCUAUGGGUAACAGCGUUGACGUGUUAUGCUUGACCGGCUCAGUUUUCCACCACAAAACACCAGAAAAUUACCAAAAAGAGUAUAACCAGCUCACCUGCUUUUACAUUAGGCUACCCCGGGGCGGCAGGGUAGCCUAGUGGUUAGAGC